UUGACGUGGAGCAUUCGCAUGUUCGGUUUCUGGGCAACCUGGUAUUAAACCUGUGGGACUGCGGCGGCCAGGACACCUUCAUGGAGAACUACUUCACCAGUCAGCGCGACAACAUCUUUCGCAACGUGGAGGUCCUGAUUUACGUCUUCGAUGUGGAGAGCAGAGAGCUGGAGAAAGACAUGCACUACUACCAAUCCUGCCUGGAGGCCAUUCUGCAGAAUUCUCCCGACGCCAAGAUUUUCUGCCUGGUCCACAAAAUGGAUUUAGUACAGGAGGACCAGCGCGACCUGAUUUUCAAGGAACGGGAAGAGGAUUUAAAGCGGUUGUCCCGCCCUUUGGAAUGCUCUUGCUUCCGAACAUCCAUCUGGGAUGAGACUCUGUACAAGGCAUGGUCCAGCAUAGUCUACCAGCUCAUCCCCAAUGUCCAGCAGCUGGAAACCAACCUCAGGAAUUUUGCUCAGAUCAUUGAAGCUGAUGAAGUUCUUCUGUUCGAAAGAGCCACGUUUUUGGUCAUUUCGCACUACCAGUGCAAAGAGCAGCGGGACAUUCACCGGUUUGAGAAAAUCAGCAACAUCAUUAAGCAGUUCAAGCUAAGCUGCAGUAAGUUGGCUGCAUCUUUCCAGAGCAUGGAAGUGAGGAAUUCCAACUUUGCGGAUUUCAUUGACAUCUUCACAUCAAACACCUACGUGAUGGUGGUUAUGUCAGACCCUUCCAUACCUUCUGCAGCAACGCUGAUAAACAUCCGAAAUGCCAGGAAACACUUUGAGAAGCUGGAAAGGGUGGACGGCCCCAAGCACAGCCUGCUGGUGCGCUGAGCUCCCCCCCCCCCCUUUGGGUAACGGCCAGAGGAGAAGCUGCUCUCUCCCUCAAGAGACCUCAACCGUGGUGGGUGUUUUUGUGGGCUUUGAAAUGCGUGCACUGCUUUCCACUGCUCUUCUUCUUCUUUUUCAUCUUGGAUGCUGGUCUCCCCGGCGGUGUUGGGCACACGGUUUUUGACCUUCUGGACCGGCCGUGGUGCGGAAGGCCCAAAUGUCACGGACAUCAUAACCCUUCCCUCGUUUUCCCAUUCUGUUCCAAAUGACAAUAAACUACAAAGUUGGGAUACUUGCUAUUUUAUCAACAAGUUGCUAGAGUACGUUUAUAAAUCUUGUCUUCAAUCAUGACAAUAAAUUUUGUUACCAGGGA